UCACCGCCGCAUCUCAUGCCUCCGCCUGCUCCGGGAUAGACAGCCGUCCAUCCGCUACAGCACCCGGGGAGGUGGAAGCCUGAAGCGUCCGGGCGAUGAUGCUGGAAAACGGGAGGAAGGUGUUCAAGGAGGGACUGCUGGAGAAGCGCAGCGACGGGCUGCUGCAGCUCUGGAAGAAGAAGCACUGCGUCCUGACCGAGGACGGCGUGCUGCUGCUGCCGCCGAAGCAGCACGACCAGCCGCACCACCACCAGCCGCACCACGGAGGAGGCGACGCGGGCAAAGUCAAGGAGCUCUACUUCGCCAACAUGAAGACGGUGGACUGCGUGGAGCGCAAGGGCAAGUACGUCUACUUCACGGUGGUCAUGGCGGAGGGGAAGGAGAUCGACUUCAGGUGCCCGCAGGACGAGGGCUGGAACGCGGAGAUCACCUUGCAGAUGGUCCAGUACAAGAACCGGCAGGCGAUCCUGGCCGUGAAGUCCACCCGGCAGAAGCAGCAGCUGCUCGUCGUGCAGAUGCCCGGCCAGAAGACGGUCCGCGGCUCGCCACACGUAGCGUGACCUGCGGCGAGUCCCUCGGACAUUGGGGCGCCAAUCGCGGGUUAAUUGGACACUCGGCUGGGGGAUGAAUAUCGACGAGGGUCUCUCCCCGCCGCCUCACCACGCAUCUCCACUCUCCAGGAGAACCCCUCUUCCACGCGGUGGUGUCCACAUACCAGCGUUCCCUUUUCAAUACAGAGACUUAUUUCACAAAAGACUGAUGGACAAAAAGUAUGUGAGAACACAACUGUACGAUACCGUUGCAAUGGGUUUAUCCCUUAUUUAUUAGAUGUAUAUAUAUUUUCUAUAAAAAAAAAAAAGUUCAGUUUGUUGAUGAAUGUUCAGUGUGUUUGUUGCUAGAGGGGAACAAGAAAUGCUCGCUCGGUGGUUCUCAGCCCACAUGUUACACACAAAGUCCAUUGGGAAUAAGCCUACAUAUAGUUAUUUUAGGAUGGUUGCUCUAAGUUAGUCAGAUCAACUCAUGAGUGGUAAAAUAUGUCAUUGAUCAUGUUUUUAUUUUUCAACUGAACCAAAGAACCAUUUCAUUAGGUUUUCUCUCUUGUGUUGCAGCUCAGAGUAUACUAAAUACUACAGCUAUAUGAUGAGAUAACUGCAUGGCUUGAUUUAUUAAUAGCCACAGGACAUCUUAGUAUUUUCAUGGUGUACAUCAAUCAUUUUUCAGCAUUCAUAUAUAUUAAAUAGUCUUAAAUCUUAGUAAGAUAGCCUACUAGAUAAUUACCCUCAGUUUGUUUUCAGUGGCUAUAGAGUGGAGCUUAGUUUUUAUGGUGAGCAAGUAACACGCUCAGUUGGCUUUUUGUUGUAUCGACUGCUCUCGACGGCAAUUUCAUGGGUUGCAUUAAAUCUUUGUGGGUGGGGACCAACAACUGCUGUUUUCUGGCUUCAUAGGCUACUGUGGUAUGAAGCCACAAGAUGGAGGAAACCAGUAGGCCCAGCUUAUUACUUGUCAAUGUACCGUGACAUUGUUUAAUGUGGCAAUUCAGAGAUACAAAACCAGGAGAAGCUGAGGUAGCUUGUUGGCCGUGUUGCGCCAUCAACAGAGAAGUUUGAGUUUUGAGUGCUUCACAAAAGAGACGUGGUUUUUGGUAAGUUAGCUUAUGCUAACCAUGGACUGUAUGGUGCUAACCAGCUUGCUAUCUGUUAGUUAGUUACAGUGCUGACUUACUUACUUAUGGUAAGUUAGCUAAAGUGCUAACAUACUUACUUAUGGUAAGUUAGCUACAGUGCUAACUAACUUACUACAAUGCUAACUUACUUACUUAUGGUAAGUUCGCUACAGAGCUAACUAACUUACUUAUGGUAAGUUACUUAUGGUAAGUUAGCUACUGUGCUAACUAAUUACUUAUGGUAAGUUAUCUACAGUGUUAACUAACUUACUGCUACUGUGCUAGGUAGCUAGUAAGAUAUCCUUUCAUGAUGUGUAAUUAUGCGUCCCAUUGCUCUUCUUGGCCACUCCCACUGACAUGUACCACAACUAAUCAGAUUAUGUCUCUCGCAGCACCGCCUCAGUCACUUCAUACAACUACAUCUUUAAUCUGCAAAUUUUGUACUGGAAUUUAUGAAAUGUAUUUUUUUUCUUUUUUCAGGAGAAAAUGAACAAAGUGUAACAAUGUGACUGUUGUGAAAGUGAAGGUGGUGAUGCAUACAGGGCAACAUUCAGUGGGACGUGACGGGCUUCCUCUGUUGUGGUUUUUUCACGAUGGUGGUCCGUGAUUCUGUCAGGAGACAUCCUCAUCUCGCUAUGGCUCAUGUCGUUUCCUGUUUGCCGGCCUUUCCCCCUCUUGCCAGUGCACCACAGCCAAACCAACACAUGCCUCUGUGUUGUUGUCAUCGCCCACACGGGGUAAUAGCUGUGCCCUUUAUCUGAUGCGGCUGGUGCGAUGCUUCUCCGACAUGCCUUCCUGUUGCCAUCAUUACACACACAGUUAUAGCCGUGCCCUUUGUAGCCACUGUCCAAAUUCUUAUUUCAACGUGAGAUCUAUUUUCAUACCUCA